AUGUCCUGCCUGCCAGAUCUGAUUACGAAAGCGAAUAAAAAUACUCUCUCUCCGACCUUGCAGUCUUCGCACACGCUGGCCCAGCACCGGCGAUGGGCAGACGCCUUCGUCGUGGUCUAUGACGUCACCAACAGAACGUCCUUUAGCCACGCCCGCGGCCUCCUGCACGCCCUGCACGCCCCUUCCGACACCCGCCCUCACUCCAGGAGUCAUCAGCCGAAUUACGUCGAAAAAUAUUUCAAACGUGACACCUAUGCUGAUGACGCCAGCAGCCAGACGCCCUCCCACGACACCGGCUCCAUUUCACGUCGAUGCUCCAGUCCUUCGCAGUCCUUCAGUCCUUCGCAGUGCUCCAGCCUAUCCCUGUGCUCCAGACCUCAUCAGUGCUCCAGCUCCUCCCAGUGUUCAAGACUCUCGCAGUGCUCGAGUCGUUCCCAGAGUUCAACUCCCUCGCGGUGUUCAAGUCCUCACAGGUGCUCGAGUUCCUGCCGGUGUUCCAGUCCCCUGACGUGUUCCAUCGCCCCCCGCUGCUCUAGUCCUUCUCACUCCGACCAUCCCGGGCGAGAAUCUCCCACUGCCAACCUGCCUUCGUCGCCGCCAUGCAUCAAGCAGCUCUUCAUCCCCCCCUUCUCCCGGGGCCUCGAACGGGACUCCUUUGCGCCGGAACCGCAGGAUAAUAAACAAUACGUCGACCAAAGCCAAAGUUCCACCUGCGACGAGGACCCGACUGACGGCGGCUCGACUUCACAAGUUCAGUUCCAAUACCAGUACUGCCAUUCAUAUAAAACAGAUCCACAGACGUGCGUUAAUGUUGAAUGCAUCUGCGAUCAAAAUGACAACUAUAAACAAAAUUGUGACACAACAGCGAUUAGCUGUGAAUCAGCCCACAUCAGAGAGAAGCAAGUCCAUGAUCUGAACAAGACCCAAAGAAUGGAGACUCCUCCCUGUACUGGCGCGCCUUUCACAGUUAAGGCUUUGUUAACAGACCGCGACGUCUAUAAUCCAGACCACCCUGACCCGUGCACUCCCUCUGCUUGCAUCCGGGACAGGGAACAGUGUUGCCCCUGCGACUCAGGAGCCCCAGCACACCUCCAGACACAAUCCUCGCUCCAGCUACUUGAUGAGACGCGUCUAAGGAGCUACACGCCUGACUUCGUCCAGGGAGUUAAUCCAGACCUUGAAAAUUCUCCAGAUGACAUUGAUCAUUGUUUAUCACAAGACCAAAUCCGAUGCGGGGGAAACACGCCCCCUCAACAUUGCCUUAGUAGUCACGCGCCUCUGGCUGACAGUCCACACUGCUACGAAACGGGCAGAAACGCCUGCCAGAACACCGGAAGUUUACGCCCGCCGCCACAGAUCUCCGGGGACUCAUGCGUGUCCAGCAACUGCCUGGACUCUUGCCAGCUCGUGACCAGCGGCUCAGAACAUAACUCAAUCAGCCCCGCUCUUGCACACGACUACAGGAUCGCCCCCGAACCUGACGACCACCUCUACCAGACGGUGCAGCGCCUCGAGGCCAGCGCGGGGACCCCUCCGCGCACCCCCGCCUUCACCACGCUCCUGCUCGCCAACAAGAGGGACCUCGAGCACUGCCGGUACGCUGAGUCAGAUACUCUCUCCAGUACGCAGGACACAGAAAUGGCGACUGGGCUCCAAGAGCCAGAUGGUUACGGAGGCAUUAAUUCGGGGUGUGUGCAAGCAGACGAGGGCGAGGCGCUCUCCCUGGAGUUCGGGUGUCAGUUCCAUGAGGUGUCUGCUGCGGAGUCCCUGGCCGGCGUCCAUCUGGCUUUCCAGUCGCUACUGAAGGAGACGCUGGCGCGCAUGAUCAUCAAGGGCCUUCCGAAGGGCCGCCUCUCCAGCCCGGUCGAGGACACCACCACAGUGUCCGCCGUGUCCAGAGUCAUAGGCAACAUACUCAGCAGGGCGGGAAGGGGGAUCCGCAAGAAGAGGCCGUCACACAGCAUCUGAUUUCGACCUGGAUUCUAUAGGGCCCCGCGUCCUCCUGCCGUGUUCAUUUACUUGUGAUAAAUCUCUUUAGUUAUUGUUCAUAUAAGCUUGCCACGUCUAUUCAGUAAGUCCGCUUCGAUCAAGUUACAGUACAGUCACAGUAUAGCCUUCAAGGUGUCAGACACGUGAACAUGAAAUAGGUAAUACUGAGAAGGCUUUUGUUUAGAAGACAACUGAAAUAAAUACAUCGAGGGAAGAAUAUGGUGUAUUAGAGAAAUAUGAAGAGUAUAAUACCAUGUUGGAGACAGUUAUUUCCAGAAAUCACAGGACUCGAGGCGACAUUCUUUUGUUCUAUAAAGAGGCGUAAUGUUUAUUACGGUAUAUUUCCUAUAUUCUCAUGGGUGUCAAAAAUAUGCAAACAAAUUCAAGCCAAAAUUGAUUCUGAAUCAGGAUAAACCUUAACAAAAUUAUUGAACUAGGUUAUCUGAGAUAAAUGGAGUUUAGGAUAGACUAGGUGCGGAUUGGGUGGCUGUUACAAACUAGAAUGAGUCAGAAAGCUGCGUUAGAAUUACUCCAGAGGAGCUAGGUUAGGCUGGGUUUGGAAGACAGAGACAGACAGCGAGGAGAAAAGAAAAGAGAAAGAAAAAAGAG